AUGUUGCUUGGCGAUGACAUUGGCGAGAGCACGGAGGGGACAAAGGUUGAGUUUACUCUCGGGGACAUUGAUUUGGAUCAACCUACAGCUGUGCUAUCUCAGUUGAACGUUUGGUUGAAUGAUGAAGGUAAUGCUGUGGAACGAGGGGUCCAAUUACGGAAGAGGAAGAGGAUUAUUACUAUGUGGAAGAUCUUUGAAGCUAGUGAAUUGGUUCAAAAAAAUUUGCCAGAGACAACCCGACUUCGGACGUUAGACCCAAUGAAGGCGAUUCCGCAUGAUGACAUGGUGAAAUUGCUGAAACUUUGUUGGGAAUUGCGCCAUAACCCAAAUUUGGUGAUGCAAUUUGGCAACGUAGAAGCUGAGAUUGAAUUCUUCGCUUCCCUCGUCAAAGCUGACGGUUGGCUGAAAGGAGAUCACAUUGAUUUGGGGUUGUAUCUCAUCCGGAAGCGACAACAAGAGUUGGAGGAAGUAGAAAUAUCGGACUGGACAACGACCGAUGUAUUUUUUAUGGAUUUCUAA